CACUUCAAGCGAGUGAUCCGCGUGUCCGUGGCGCGCGGUGCGUCUGCGUCUGCGUCUGCUUCUCAUCUCCAGCUCUGGCCCUUUUAGAAGAAGAAGAAGAAGAAGAAGAAGAAGAGGAAGAGGAGGAAGAAGAAGAAGAAGAAGAAGACGAGAAAAAAAGAGCAGCAGGCAAAGUUUCCCGCCGAUCCAUUUUUCUGGUUGCCAUAGCGAUGCGCGAGGACUUGGAGAGGUGCGGCGGUAUUGGGAUGCAGCGACAGCACUUUGCUCGCAAUGUGCAUUCACACGCCGCCAGCGAUGGAGCUUCUCCGAGACUGCGUUCGGAGCGAGCGACGAGGGUUGUGAGGCCAGCGUAUUGAGCAGCGCACACCCACCCACCCCCCACACCCUCACACACAUUGCCAGAGCAUGCCUAUGAGUCCACCUGCCGACGGCAAACAUGAGGCUCCCGACAGGCCGCGGCAACAGCACGCCCCUACCAACGGAAACCACGGAGACGACAGCAUUCGUGGCUCUCCGGGGUCUAUGGGCGGCUCCAACGAUUCCAUGGAAGAUCUCCACGGAAGCGCCGUCAUUAUCCGCAUCGGAAUCCCUGACCUUCAGCAAACAAAGUGUCUGCGCUUGGACUUGGAGGCUCCGGUGUGGGUGUGUAAGCAGCGGGUUUUGGUUACUCUGACGCAGAGUUUGACAGACGUGCUGAACUAUGGCCUCUACCUCCCGGCCUUUAACGGCCGAGCCGGCAAGUUCCUGGAUGAAGAGAGACUGCUCAGGGAGUAUCCUCUCCCUACUGUCACACCUGUACCUUACCUAGAGUUUCGCUACAAGAGACGUGUUUACACUCAGAGCCAUGUGGAUGACAAGCAAUUAGCCAAACUUCACACUAAGGCCAAUCUGAAGAAGUUUAUGGAGUAUGUUCAGCAGAGGAGUGUGGAGAAAGUGUGCAGGAUCCUGGAGAAAGGGCUAGACCCCAACUUCCAUGAUGUAGAAACUGGAGAGUCGCCCCUUACCCUGGCAGCACAGUUGGACUCAAGUGCUGAUCUGAUUAAAGUUCUGAGGAGUGGAGGAGCUCACCUGGACUUCAGAACCAGGGAUGGCAUCACUGCACUUCACAAAGCCGUGCAGACGCACAACCACAUAGCUCUAACUACCAUGUUGGAUCUAGGAGCAUCUCCGGACUAUAAAGAUAGCCGUGGGCUCACUCCUCUGUACCACAGCGCUAUGAUAGGGGGCGACCCGUACUGCUGUGAACUGCUGCUGUAUGAUCACGCUCAGCUCGGCUACAGCGAUGAAAAUGGCUGGCAGGAGAUCCACCAGGCUUGUCGACACGGAAAUGUGCAGCACCUCGAGCACCUGUUGUUCUACGGAGCUGAGAUGAGUGCGCAGAAUGCCUCAGGAAACACAGCGCUGCACCUGUGUGCGCUCUACAACCAGGACGGCUGUGCCCGAGUGUUGCUAUUUCGAGGAGCAAAUAAAGACAUCAAGAAUUACAACAACCAGACAGCAUUCCAGGUGGCCAUCAUCGCAGGGAACUUUGACCUGGCUGAGAUCAUCAAGAUCCAUAAAACCUCAGACGUAGACUGUCUCUCUGUUGCAGUGCCUUUCAGGGAGAGCCCCUCAUACUCGACUCGGCGCCGUGGGGUGUGUAUGUCACCACGCCGCUCCCUGAUGCGUUCGGCCAGCGAUAACGCACUGGACGAGAGUCUGCCCGCACCCUCGCCAGCCCCUUCACUACACAGCCUGCCCCCGCUGGAGCCUGAUAACACCGUCCCGAGCCCACAUAGCCCACAGGGGGGACACACACGCAGCCUCAGGAGACACACCCGUGGCCAUCUCAGCCCUGGCAGUCCUGUACAGAGGGAUCCCAGUCCCCCUGCUGUAUCGCGAGGGCCAAAGCGGAGGCUCUACAGCGCGGUGCCUGGCCGUACCUUCAUCGCUGUCAGCUCACACACUCCGCAGGGUGAGGGUGAGAUCACACUCAACCGCGGGGAGAGGGUCAAAGUGCUGAGCAUAGGUGAAGGAGGAUUCUGGGAAGGCUCCGUUAAAGGACGAACCGGUUGGUUUCCUGCGCACUGCGUAGAGGAGGUUCAGCUGAGACAGUAUGACCCACGACUAGAAACAAGAGAAGAUCGCACCAAGAGGCUUUUUAGGCAUUACACUGUUGGCUCCUAUGAUAAUUUUACCUCCUACAGUGAUUAUGUAAUUGAAGAGAAAACUGCCACGCUGCAGAAGCGAGACAGUGAGGGAUUUGGCUUUGUUCUUCGAGGGGCAAAAGCUGAAACUCCAAUUGAAGAAUUCACUCCGACUCCUGCGUUUCCUGCGUUGCAAUAUCUGGAGUCAGUGGAUCUGGAUGGGGUGGCGUGGAGGGCAGGGCUACGAACUGGGGACUUCCUGAUCGAGGUGAACGGGGUCAGCGUGGUAAAAGUGGGCCAUCGGCAAGUGGUCUCUCUGAUUCGGCAAGGUGGGAGUCGUCUUCUUAUGAAAGUGGUGUCAGUGACGCGGAAACCUGACACCGGAGAUGUUGUUCGCAAAAAGGCUCCUCCACCACCCAAGAGAGACCCCAGCACAAGCCUAACCCUGCGCUCCAAAAGCAUGACCGCAGAGCUAGAAGAGAUGGAGAAGUUGGAUGAGAUGCUGAGUUCUCCAAAAGAGCCCGUUGUGGUGAUGAGGCAACGGCCUUCAGACCCAGACUCCAGAGCAGCCACUGUGAAACAGAGACCAACCAGCCGACGCAUCACACAGGCUGAGAUUAGUUCUCUGUUGGAGAGGCAAGGGAUGCAAAUAGUUCCUGGAGUGUCUCUUGGGGUGGAUAAAAGUCACAUACAACUGCAUGGGAUGACCAGAACCAAAUCAUUUGGUGCACCAGAAGAUGAAAGAAUAUCUGCUUUAAUUGGGGAGCAUCGCUUUCCAAGAAGCUCCUCAAUGACUGACAGCUUCCGACAAGACAGUAUCCCACCCCCUCCACAAACUGCACCUCCUCCCCCUCCUACACCAUACUUCUUGGAAUCAGGUCCUCCCCCAUCUUUCUUGCCUCCUCCGCCCCCAACACGUGCAGCCAAUCAAACCCGUUCAAGCUUCCGGCCAGGUGCAGAACCCAAGCUUCACGGUCCUGUCACAACGGACCGCCAGAGAAAGGCUCGUUCUAUGAUUAUCCUUCAGGACACCGCCCACCUUCCAGUAGAGCCCGCCCCCAUUCCCAGGCCAGCAACACCUACCUCUGGGGCAGCUCCUCCUGAGCGUGGUCGUAGGCGUGGUCAGCCUGUGGAGAACCCAUAUGCCAACGUGGGCCGCUUGAGUGCAGUCUAUACCCCUACCAAGCCCCAGCGCAGGAAGAGUCCACUGGUCAAACAAGGCCAGGUUGAGGAGGGCACAGCUGCCCAGGCUGGUAGGGAUCCCUCUCCCUUAGGAGGAACUCGGAUUCCACACAGCAGCCGAGCAGAGCAGUUCCAGCAGCAGGUGCUCUCUGAGAGGGCUAGGAUUACACCUCCAGGAGCUCGUCGCAGGACCAGUGUGUUCCUUUCUGUUGAGGGAAGUACCACCGAACCUCAAACCACCCCUUUACUAUCCCAGUCACAUUCAGUGGAUGAGCUGGCUGAGCUGCCACCUCCAGCACCCAUGCUUUCUCCUGGUCUGCCACCAGGGGGUUCCACAUUUAUACAUCCACUUACUGGGCGUCCUUUGGACCCCUCCUCUCCAUUAGCACUUGCUUUAGCUGCAAGAGAGCGUGCACUCAGUGGCCGUACUACACCCACUCCCACACCCACUCCCUCACCAUCACCCACUCAGGGCAGAGCAGUGGAGAGACCAGAGACAGAGGGAGGAGUCACACCACCUGCUGCUCUUGAGGCCUCACCUUCUGAUUCCUGGAGGGAAGAGCAUGUCAGCAUCACGACAGAAACUGCUAGUCAGGUAACAAAUGGCAGCCCUGUAUCUGGGCGAAGUUUGGAGGAGUCCAUGGUGCCACCAACUGUGCAGAUCGUCCAACCAGCAUUGAUUGACACAGAGCACAGCCAACCAGUAGUUCCACCUUCCAUGCCUUCACCUGCCCCAACCCUCUCAAACCUGGCAGGGCGGAGCAUGACCAUGAGUUCAGAGGAGGAAGCAGAGCCCUACACAGUCACCUUGCCCCCUGCGCUUCUCUCAUCUAGUGAUGAAGAAACCAGGGAGGAGCUCCGCAAGAUUGGCAUAGUCCCACCUCCUCAACCCUUUGCCAAUGGCCUUCUAAUAAAGGAAACGCCCAAAGUUACUAUCAACAUUUCUCCAGGGGCAUCUCCAAGGCCUUCUAUAGCAAAGAUCUCCGGCAAAGCAAGUGACUCCACGGCAGACUCAGGCGUUGAGGACCCCCACAUGGAGACCACUAGUACUGUUUCCACAGUCUCCAGCAUGUCCACUUUGUCAUCAGAGAGCACAGACUCUGCCCACGCCAGCAAGCCACGUUGCGGGGUGGGCCGCGGCCGCCCCGCCCAUCUCAGGGACCCACUGCUUAAACAGUCGUCAGACAGUGAGCUGCUUCCACACCCAGCCAGCACAGGCCCCGUCCGCCCACGCUAUCUGUUCCAAAGACGCUCUAAACUCUGGGGAGAGGAGCCCAGGGCUCAAGUGGGCAUAGGUGAUGAUAGCAGGCCUGCUGCAAUGGGGGCAGAGUUGCUAAGUAAAGAUACGCAUUCUCUAGGGGAGGAGCCACCAAUGGGAGCACUUGACCCUGGCAGAAGGUCACCAGUAGGUGGCGCCAGAUGUGAGGAGAAUGGAGAAGAGAGUAAAUCACUCUUCAGCAGCCUUGGUGAGCUCCACACCAUCUCACAAAGGAACUAUGGCACCACUUUCACCAUCCGCCCAGGCAGCCGCUACCCAGUAACCCGCAGGACACCCAGCCCGGGGGCCACUCCAGAGCGAAGUGAGCCUCUAGGGCCAAUGCGUGCAUUUGGUCCCCACCAUCACCACCAUCACCACCAUACCAUCCUCAAGUCCUCCAGCCUGAGCCUCCCCCAGGAGCCCAAGGAGGUGCGCUUUGUCAUGCGGAGUGCCAGUGCUCGUGCCCGCAGCCGCUCCCCUUCCCCUUCACCCUGUGCCUCCCCCUGCCCCUCACCGGUCCUGGGCACUCCACUUCUGGCCCUGCGGCCCUUCAGACAGCGCCCUCUUGCACUGUGGAGCAAGUAUGAUGUAGGCGAGUGGUUAGAGAGUGUUGGACUAGGGGAGCAUCGUACCCGCUUCAUAGAGCAUGAAAUUGAAGGUGCGCAUCUACCUGCGCUCACCAAGGACGACUUAGCUGAAUUGGGGGUGACACGGGUGGGGCACCGGAUGAACAUUGAGCGUGCACUCAAACAGCUGUUGGAGAGCUCAGGAGCUUAAUAAAUUCUAGAGAAUAGAGUUAAAUAAAGCCCUUGCCAAAUUGUACCACAAUUACUUGCAGGCCAAUAGCCAAACUGGCUAAAUGUUUCCUCAGCCUCGCACAGGCCCUCCCUCAUGACUAAUCCACUUGAUUAAACACAUCCAAGCACAAUCCCAAAGCGUAAGACCUUUACGCUAUUUAGUCACAAUUGGUGUGUAGUCUGUAGACCUGUUGUGCUGUGUUUGAAAAUGAUUUGAUUGAUGGGCCACAUGCCCGAGACAGGAUCCAUCUAGUCAGUGGGCUGGACUGGCAUGGCUGCUUUAUUGCAAAGAGAAGAAGUAAGGCUCUCAGUACUUCACUGUUGGAAGCAAAAAAAAAAAAAACAACACUUAUACCUUUUAAAGCCAAUGCUUCCAAGUGCCCAGGGUUUACAAUUCAUGAUAUUUAUUCAGUCUUUUAGUCCAAAAUGCCUUGCAGGAAACUUAGAAUUUCAUACAACAAUAUACUGGAUGGGGCUUGUAAGUGUACAAGUGACAAUCUCCCCUUAAAGGUGCACUAUGUGGAUACAAAUUCUAAGCAAACUUUUGCUUUUUCAAAUAGGCCAUAAUUAAUAAUAUGAGCUAAUCUUUGUGUGGAUGUUUGAAUUGUUUCCACUAUUACUUAUCAUUUAAUCUGUCUGUGAUUUUUGUAAUACUAUACUCAUGUAUUUGUAGCAUCAAUGAAUUCAUUUGAUAAGGAAAUAAAGGAAUAAAGGCACGGAAUAGCAAAAUGUUCAUGAAGAUGUCGAAGCUAAAAAUGUCAGUGAUCAUCAAUUUUCAGUGAUUUAUGAUGAUGAUCAGUGUAACAAUCCAGCAUAAUGCACCUUUAACCCUGAAACAACAUUUCAUAAUACAAGUGUGGCCUUGAGAUAGUACUGCCGCCAUCUAAAUUUGAUAAAGAAGAGUAUUUUCAGGAAUACAGUCAGUUUUAUAUGUAUAUGAUAUAUAUGGGCAUACAUAUUCAAACAAAAGAAUGUAUGAGUGUUAAAUGAAAUAUGAGUCUUAUGCCCUGUGUGUGUUUAUUUUAUCAUAUUUUAUCUUUGUUUCGUUAAAUAUGAAUUAAUAGCAUAAGCCCAAUCAUAGUUACUAUCUCCCCCAUAGUAUUCCUCGUGAUUUCUUAGAUCGGAAAUAUUUGCAGUAAAGAAAACCUUUCGUAAACUUAGGAAAUGAGUUGAAACACCGCUUAUUAGUUUUUGUCAUUUAUGAAUAAAUGUGAGGUGAGAUUGUA